AUAUCUUCCAUGGAAUCUAAGCUUAAGCCAUCAGCGCUGGUGGCAAUUUCGGUGUUGUUAGCACUGUCGAGUUUUCCGAACAAGGUGAAUGCAAAGCCCGAAGUGCCAUGCUACUUUAUAUUCGGGGACUCGUUAUCGGAUAACGGGAACAAUAAUAACCUCGAAACAUUGGCCAAAGUAAACUAUCCACCUUAUGGGAUUGAUUUCCCCCAAGGGCCAACAGGAAGGUUUAGUAACGGCCGAAACAUGCAAGAUUUUAUUGUUAAACGACUCGGAAUUGAAGAUUAUAUGCCUCCUUUUGCCAAGUUAGGACGGAAAAACAUUUCCAACGGUGUGAACUAUGCGUCGGGUUCUUCCGGCAUUCUCGACGAAAGCGGAAAACAUUUGGGUGCUCGGAUACCUCUCAUCCAGCAGAUAAAAAAUCACAAAACUAUAAUCUCAAUGCUGACGAGGUUAACGCGAAAUGAUUCAACGAUGAAUUCGCUUCUGAGCCAAUGCAUUUAUUCGGUUCAAAUCGGAAGCAACGACUACCUCAACAAUUAUUUCAACCCCGAAUUUUACAACAGCAGCCGACUCUACACUCUGCCAGAGUACGCUACGCUGCUCGUUCAAAAACUUUCACUUCAACUUAAGGCUUUGUACGAUCAUGGUGCAAGGAAGUUUGCUGUGUACGGGAUAGGAGAGAUCGGUUGCACCCCGUAUGCAAUUUCGGUGUACGGAACCAAUGGGUCAGAUUGUGUAGUGAAAUUAAAUGAGGGUGCAACCUAUUUCAAUGAUAGGCUCAAGCCACUGGUCAAUCAACUUAACAAGAACCUAACCGAUGCUAAAGUAACUUAUCUUAAUCCUUCCGGAAGUCCAGCUGGUUUCGUGACAAAUGGUCUGUGCUGCAAAAUCGGAGGAGGUGGCGGAGAGCUUUGCCUUCGUAAUUCCAAACCGUGCAAUAAGCCAAGGCGAUACGUAUUUUGGGAUGGCGUCCAUCCAGCCGAGGCUUGGAAUCAGAUCAUCGCCGAAAGUGCUUAUAGCUCCAAGUCCCCCCUCGAAGCUUCUCCUUUUAACAUUCAACAAUUAGCAGAGAAAUAAAGCU